CUUUUUCCAGUUUUAAAAUUAGAAAUUUAUUUGCAAUCACUUACGUAACUUAAUAUAUAUGAAUAUAUAACUGCAAACUUGAACAAAAGUGGAUAUAACUAGAUUAUUUUCUACGAAAGAAGAGGAAUAUUGUGAGCCAUGAGUUCCAAGAUCGACCGUUUACGAAUAGUCAGUAUGAACGCUGCUGGUAGGAACGGAAGGAAGUUCGUCCUCCAGCAUCUGAUUGAGAAAGAAAAGCCUGAAAUAGUAUUCCUUCCGGGAGACAACUCAGACAACUCAGGACUUGGCACCUUAACACAGACCAGAUAUAAUCACCUGUUAGACCCCGCCUUCAAUGAGCCAGUUUUCCUGUAUGAUUCCACGCGACUGAAAGUCAAUCAACUUCCGGCGAGAUCGCAGUCCUAUCAUCCUGUUUGUGACUUUGACAGAGUUCUAGCACCUCUGAUAGAUAUUAACUCGCCGGCCCCGGCUCAAAACGUCGUGAAGCAGUUCAUAUGCAUUAACUGGCACCGGAGAUUGUCUGAGAAUGGAGGAUCGCAAGUUCUGUAUGAAAAUGGAAGAAUGUAUAUGAUGUUUGCUCAGAAUCUUGCCUAUUUUACCGGAAAAGAGGUUUUGAUAGGUGGCGACUUUAAUUUACCGCUGUCAAAAAUUAAGGAACUGAUCGAAGAACAUAACAGUUUGGUCCAGCAAGGCAUCGACAGCGUAAAACCACAGUUUAAGAAGUUUGGUUACAUGUAUUGUAUGACUGAAGAAAUCCUUCGACCUGAACGAAGACUUCGGCAAUUAACAUUACACAAGAGCAACAGUUUGAAUUCAACAGAAACGAAUUACUUUGUUGCCUCCAAAGAAAUGCAGCUACAGGAGACCAGACAUGAAAAGAUAGAAAGUCUCUCAUACCGAUACACCAGUCUACAAUUACAGGGAAGACAGGAGAAGGGUGACUGUCCAGAACCGACUUACACCAAGACUCAAAUGUAUAUACCACAAAGGCCACCAAAACACCACGGGGGUUAAAAAAAAAACAAAGUUUAUCUGUCAAAAUCUAUGAAAUUUAUGAUUUAAAAUUGAUGGCUAGAAAUUUAUAUUGUAGAAGCAAUUGUGAAUACAUGUUGUAAGACCUAAAAAAAAUAAACAUUUCUAUUUGAUUUUAUAACAUUUCAGUAAUAAAAGUGUUGUGUUUAGCUUGUAGAGGUUUAGCAUUGUGGCAAUCUAUAUUUAUACAUGUAAAUUGAUUCUUAAAAUAAAAAAAGUAGAACAUCAAAUAAGUUAUCCUGA